AUGCGGUUAGGCCUGGUUGUCCUGCUCUGUCUGGUGGCGGUGGGCGCUGCGCAGCCGCUGGUGUGCAUCGAUGACGCACAGUGCGCGCACGGCACGUUCUGCUUCCAGCACCAGGAGUGCCGGCGCUGCCUGCAGUGCGCCGAGCUGAGCCGCGCGCCCCGGGCCGUGCCCGCUAAUUGCACCAUGUCCGUGGUGGACUGCGGACCUUGCUUGCCCGGGCUAGUCCCGGACCCGAGCGGCAACCUGGACGCCUCGUGCGUGGCGGCGGCGGCGGCGGCGGCGGGGGCGGGCGGGGCGGACCCGCCGCCCUACCUGUGGAUCGGGCUGGGCGCCCUCGCCGUGUUGCUAGCCACGUGUCUGCUCGCGCUCGUCUAUGUAGUGCGGCACACCGACUCCGUGAAGAUACUGUCUAACAUAUCCCUGUGGCUGCCGUGCAGCCAGGCGCGCGACGCGUCUCCCACGGACGCGCCGCCGCCGUACAACGCCGCGCACUACUCCCCCGUGUGCCCCACCUCACCCCCCCUCGACCCGCUGCCGACGUACCAGCCGCACCCUCCUGAGAGCCUCGACUCCGGCUUCGCCACUCCGCCUUUCGACCCGUCCAUGUACCCGCGCGAGAGCAAGGCGGGGGCGGGGGCGGGGCGCGGGGGGGUGCUGCGCGACGCGGCGCAGGCGGCCGUGGCCUACCACCACCCCAGGGUUCGCUUCCCCGACCAGGCGCAUGAUGAGGACGACGACGAGGAGCCGCCGCAGCCGGACCUGCACGACCAGGACACGGCUCAGAGCACGUGGACGCCCGCCGACGACUCCAACAACAACCACACCAAUAGCGGCCCUCUACCGAGCGAGCCCGGCAGUGCGGCGGAACUCUCCACGUUGUUGAGCGAAGCGCGCGGUCUGACCGUGAUCCGACCGCCGGACCGCCAGCCGGUCGUGCGACAGAACGCGACAGACCGCCAAGCGGUCGUGCGACAGAACGCGUCUGAGCGCCGGAGCGACGCCGACGACGCCACCCCCAGCAAGGUGCCUUGUGUGCGGCAGGAUUCCAACCACAACCACAGGGGGUUCGUGCCGAGCGACGAGGCGGGCGCGUCGGGCGCGGGCCAGUCCUCCGCGCAGCCCUCGCUCGGCAUCAACAUCUACGUGCAACACAACGACGUCAAGAUAUUCAAAUAGCACCCCUCUACUAGCUGUUAACCUUAUCUUACCAGAUUGCCUUUGAAUAGAGAGUUAAGAUUCAUUAUGCUUGCACUUAGUGCGCAACAAAUACUCACUGGUUGCGGGCGCGAGACGAUAAGGCGAUUUUCGCCAUCGCUUCUUUCGCGCCCGCAACCUAAUGUCCGUUUUCAAUGUUCAACGUAUCGGUGGUCGAACCUACCAGUGCCUUUAUCACACCACGGGAGGUUGGACAUUGAUAACGGAGAGCACAAAUGAUGCAGUUACCUAAUAUUCCAGCGUUGUGCCAACUGAUUAUUGCUCAAGCCAGUGUCAGUAGUGUCUAGUGAGUUCGUUGUUGUAGGAAAUAAGUGGAUCUCGAUGAUACUUAGUAUAGUGUUAAGUAAUUUUAGUGUAUGAAUACGUAUUCGCCAUAUAGUAUGUAUUAAGUUUGUUAUUGUAUUAAGGUUUGAUUGCAUAAUAAGAUUUAAUAAGAGUGCUCAAAAUUAAGUUAUGCUGAAAUCGCUAAAUAGGAAUCUUUUCUCGAAUCUGAUUGUAGAGCCGAUAGCAGAUUAAACAGGGAACAAUUUACUGGUGACAUUUUUUUAGUGACCAUCGAAUGGCCGAUGAUUACAUUCGAUGGUCGUGAUGGCAGUGUCCCGUGGGUGCUCACCGCGGUUACUCUGCGAUCGGCUGUAGUUAGAUCUGUGGGACCACGGAAUAGUUUGAGAUUAUGAUUAGAUACUAAUGUACCAAAGUGUUGAAGAACGAACGUUUUAGAUAAUUUUAAAACCUUUAACUCGUUGUUUAUUAAAAUAAUAGAAGUUUAACUACCAAGUGUUCGGCAAAAAUAGAGAAUUAUUAGAAUG